CUUUACUUUCCCUUCUCUUCCUUCCCUACCGAGCACGCUGAAGCCCCUGCAGCACAGACACGAGCCACUGUAUAUCCUGUAUAUCUCAUCAGGCGCAGCAUCCAGCGAUACACCUAUACAGUACACUUCCAACGUCCAUCCACUGGCGACCGGCCCUUCUCCGACGACGAGAUCCACACGCGCCAUUCGCAUCUUCACCACAUCACUCCAUCAGCGCAUCGGCCCAGCCCUCCACGCACUCUCUGACGAGAUACAUCAAGGACGAUGAGCAGCCCGCCCAACUUCCUCUCCUUUGCAGACCUCAAGAUGAACAACAACCGCAUCGCAUCCCCCAUCCAGUCACCCUUCCUCUCUCCCUUCCCCUCCUCGCCCUCCAGCCCAGGUGUUGAACCGCGUCGUACAAAGAGCCGGCAUAUGGACGCCUUCUCCUUCUUUGACUCAAAGGCUCCCCCGCCCGGUCAACAGCAGCAGCAGCAGCAGCAGCAGCAGCAAGCGCCACCACUCUCCGCGGGGACAGGGAUAUCAUCCUCCCAAGCGACGCAAGGGCUCGGUGAAUGGCGCCCGGCUGCUAAUAUACAACCACCACGCAACUUGACGCCCUUGCAAGGAGGCUACCCAAGCUAUGAACAAUCGCCACAAGGUCUCGGUAGCAGUAGUAGCAGAUGGGAGGCGCCUGGUGCGUUUUCAAGUGGUGCGCAGUCGCAUGCACAGCAACAGCAUGUGUAUCCGAUAUCGCAUCCUCAACAGCAGAUGUAUCCGCCACAGCAGCAGCAAAGUUAUGGGCAUCCUCAGUCAAUGCCGCGUCAUCAUGGACAUUAUGGUCAGCCUGCCUAUCCGCAGUACAACCACCCACAGCAAUCCCCUCAUCACGGCAUGCCUUCCUCCAUGACGAGCGGGUAUCGUUCCUUGACGCCUACCGGACAACAGCAACAACAGGCUCCACGACCGAUGAUGGCGCGUCAAUGGAGUAAUGCCCAACACGACCCCUUUUCACGCGACCUCACGCCUCUUGCUUCACCUGGACCUGCAACACCGGGUAUUGGUACUGUAAUUGGUGAUGAUGGGGAUGAAGUCAUUUCAACUGCCGUCGUGGUGAAAAAUAUCCCCUUUUCUCUCAAAAAGGAAACUCUACUGGAACUAUUCGAUCAGUUGACAUUGCCAAAACCCUACGCCUUCAACUAUCACUUUGAUAACGGCACAUUUCGUGGACUGGCAUUUGCAAAUUUCCAUUCACCGGAAGAGACACAGCAUGUUAUUGGCGCUUUGAAUGGGUAUGAGCUCAUUGGUCGCAAACUACGCGUUGAGUAUAAAAAAGUACUGCCUGCUGACCAGCGUGAACGGAUUGAAUUACAGAAACGACAAAAGGCAAUUCAAGAAGAAGUCAUGCUGGGCGGUAUCAUGCGACCUAGUAGUGCUGCUAGUUUCUCUUCUGCAAAAGGAACACUACCCUCCGUUGAGAAGGCAAAGCCAGAGAUGGACUUGAAUGAUCCUGCCACACUCCAGAUUUACUCGAGUUUGUUGUUGUUUAGGGAUGACACGGCACCGACUGCUCAAAAGCAAAUGGCCUUUCCACCAGAAUUCACUCCACCCCAGCGCAGGACGGUGCAUCUCAUUGCACAAAAGUUGGGGCUGGCUCAUGUAUCGAGGGGUGAGGGUGAGGAGCGGUAUGUGGUUGUUUCGAAGCCUAUUGCAGAUACUGCCCAAGGCCCUCUUGAGCAACAACAGCCACAACGUACCAUGCAGCAACCCUACUCAGGCUACACUCCAGCCGUUGGCCCACAACAAGCUCUGCGUAUUGAUACGAAGCCCGACUUGAAGCCACGCGUAAGUUACAAUAACAAUGGCGUUUCCUCCCUCUCACACUUACAACCACCGGGUCUCAAGCAAAUGAAAUCAUACAGUGACCUGCGACAACCCUCACCACUCCGUACAAGUGCCGCCUUAUCAAGUGAUGCAUUCGGUCGUGUGGGUGAGGAGGAAGAGAGGUCUGGUAGUCCUGCACCGUUUGCAUCUUUUGCAGGUGUUGCCUCGGGUACUGCAUCACCCAUGUUGUCGGAUCGUUUUGGUGAGAUGCAAUUGAGUGCUGGUACCGGACCGGCCAGUGCGCCUGUUCGACAACCAAAAGGACCGGAACCGCAACGUGCCUUUUUGGGAAGAACUGCAUCGUUGCGCAGUACGCAUGCUCAACCACCUCAAUGAUACCCCUGCAUUCUCGAUUGGAUGGAUAUUCCUUUUUGGCUUGACAAGAACAGAGAGAGCCCCCCUAUGAAUUAAUGAAGAGCAUUCAUUGUUCCAUGCUGCUAAGAAAAAAUGACUCUUAUGAGAGACGACGGCAUGAACUGGAAUGAACAACAAAUACGCAUAUAAGAGUACUAAUCGAUUAAUGAAGAAAAAUAGGAAAGUAAGAAAAGAUUAUAGUAUGAAAUGACAAGAAGCUACG